AUGUUUAGUUAUAUUUCAAAUUAUUUAAUAUCAGUUGAACCUUUAGGUUUCAUUUUAUACUAUACAUCAUUAUAUAUAUGGAUACCAAGUUUACUACAAACUAUUUUUAAUAAUAAUGAAAAACAAUUAUCAUAUUCUUCAAAAAUAGAAUGGACAAAUAAAAUUGUGGCAACAAUUAGUUCAAUUGUUUCAUUUUCAUUAUCAUGCUAUUGUAUUUAUAAUAAAAAAUCAUGGGUAACAAACGAAAUGACUAGUACUUGUGCUUUGAGUGAUUUUAUUUUAAAAUUUAUAUCAUUUUACUUUUUAUUCGAUGCACUUCAUUUAAUCAUUUAUUAUAAACAAUUAUUUGACUGGCCAAUAAUUAUUCAUCAUUUGGUAGUUGGUAUUUUAAGUUAUGUAUAUAUUGGUUUAUAUUAUAAAAAAGUUCAUUUAACAUUAUUAUAUUUUUUAUUAUUUGAAAUUACAAAUCCUUUUAUUCAUAUGAAAUGGUUUUUAAAAGAUUUAAAAUUGGAAAAUCAUAUUUUAUAUUCAAUUAAUGGAUUUAUGAUGGCAUUUUUCUUUAUUUUCAUUAGAGAUAUUUAUGUGCCAAUCAAAGUUGUAAAAAUUUACAUUAAUGGGUAUACUGAAUUAAAUUCAAUUGCAAAUACAAUAAUAUUUUUCUGUUUUCCAAUAAUUACAAUUUUAAAUUUAUUUUGGACUUAUCUUGUAAUUAAAGGUAUUUUAAAACAUUUAUCUAGAACAAAAACAAGUACUCCUCAAAUCAAAAAAAAAAAUUAA